AUGCCUUCCAUCCCCGAAGAGCCUCUCCUCGCCCCCAAUCCUGACCGCUUUUGCAUGUUCCCGAUCCAAUACCCUCAGAUCUGGGAGAUGUACAAGAAGGCCGAGGCCUCCUUCUGGACGGCCGAGGAGGUCGACCUCUCCGGCGACCUCCGCCACUGGUCCACUCUCACCGACGGAGAGCGCCACUUCGUCAAGCACGUGCUCGCCUUCUUCGCCGCCUCCGACGGCAUCGUCCUCGAGAACCUCGCCGGACGUUUCAUGAAGGAGGUCCAGGUCUCUGAGGCCCGCGCCUUCUACGGCUUCCAGAUCGCCAUCGAGAACAUCCACUCCGAGAUGUACAGCCUCCUCCUUGAGUCCUACAUCAAGGACCCCGCCGAGAAAAGCAUGCUCUUCCGCGCCGUCGAGACUAUCCCUUGCGUCGAGAAAAAGGCUAAGUGGGCCAUGCGCUGGAUCGAUGGCUCUGAGUCGUUUGCCGAGCGGCUGCUUGCCUUCGCUUGCGUUGAAGGUAUAUUCUUCUCUGGAAGCUUCUGUGCAAUAUUUUGGCUGAAAAAGCGUGGGUUGAUGCCGGGGUUGACUUUCUCGAACGAGUUGAUCUCGCGAGACGAGGGUCUUCACUGUGAUUUUGCUUGCCUGCUGUAUGGGUUGUUGAAGAUGAAGCUGAGCGAGGAGAGGGUGAAGGGGAUAGUGGCGGACGCCGUGGCGAUUGAGAGGGAGUUUGUGUGUGACGCGCUGCCAUGUGCGUUGGUUGGGAUGAAUGGGGAGCUGAUGAGUCAGUACAUUGAGUUUGUGGCUGAUAGGUUGCUGGGUGCGCUUGGUUAUGGGAAAUUGUAUGGUGUGGCGAACCCUUUUGAUUGGAUGGAGUUGAUUAGUCUGCAGGGGAAGACCAAUUUCUUCGAAAAGAGGGUUGGGGAAUAUCAGAAGGCUUCUGUUAUGUCAAGCUUGAACGGAGAUGGUGGGGCCCACGUAUUCAAGUUGGAUGAGGAUUUCUGA